UUCCUAUGCUCUCUACAAUAUCCAACCAUCGACCCUCCAACCUUCUGCAGUACGAAAUGACGUCACGUCGGAAACGGAAAUCAAACAAUUGGUCCAAUAGUCAGGAGGCCGGGGGACCCUGUAGGAUCGAGCUCAAUAGUCCAAUGACAAGUCACACACAUAUAGGCGCUGUAUCGAGUAUGGCUCUGGCAACAGCUAAGUUAAUGCAUGCCACUCCUGGGUUUAUUCCUCAUACAUCCUGCCCACUUCAGGCAUUUGAUGGAAGGCGAAGAGAGAGUAAAAGAACCUCGUCUCAUGAUCUCGGACUAGCUGUUGGUUCAGAAAUCAACCAACAGAUGGAGACACGGUUCGAUCGGAAUCUUCUUCAUCCAUAGACGCGGCAAACUUUGCCACUCAUGCGCAUAAGUCUUUGCACGUUCUUAUGACAGUUAUGUUUAAAUAACUAUUUGGGCUUUUAAUAAUCAUGUGGACUUUGAAUAACUAUUUGAUUUUGAAUAGCUAUUCGGAUUUUGAAAUCUUCGAUUAUCUAGUCAAGCUAAUUUGACCUGGAUACAACUGAUUUACUUUUUUAGCAAAAGCAUUAUGAAAAGCCCAUUAGAGAACAUUUUAGUUUUUGAGAGAGAUGAAAUUACAUAUAAGCAAAGAACCAGCUUCCGACCCACAAUUUUUUAUUUAAUUUUCCCAUUUUUUAGAAAAAAACUCAGUUUCAGAUUGAAGACACGCAUUUUGUAUAAUCAUCUUAGCUAGAGAAAGGUGAAGUUGAUGGUUUUCAAUCUUACCGGCUGAAGUACAUGUAGGUUGUUAAUCGUUUUUUCAAACGAUCUUUUUUUUUGAAUAAAGAAAAACGACCGGUUUAAAAACUAUAGUUUUUUUGAAACGUUUUUGAAACUUUUAUCGCAAAUGAAUCUGAGCUUUAUGACAAUUUUUUUUCAGGU